AUGUCAGGGAUACGAACGAUCCGAUUCCAAUACAUUGAAGAUGGAAAACUUGUGCUAUCCAACCCGUAUGGUGGUGACUCGUCCAACCAAUACUACCAAGCAAGUGGUACAUCACCGUGCCCUAAUGCAUUAUCGUGCCACACUAUAGAGUUGGACCAUCCUAAAGAGUAUCUCAUCGGAGUCAGCGGCAGAGCUAUGGUCUCAGGCGCCAGAAGGUAUCCAAACAUAAUAGCUCUCGCAUUCACCACCAACUUGAAGGAGUACGGUCCCUUUGGUCGACCGCAUUCUCUCCCGUGCGAAGAGUUCAGGUUUGACCUCGGAAAGUCUCGCCAGUUUGGCGGUUUCUACGGGUCGUACAACGCCUACGGUCUUCACCGCAUCGGUGUUUAUCUCAAGCCCAAAUCUACCAUCGUUAAGGAGGAAAAGCCUUGA